CCGAUGGACCAUUAUAAAAUGCUGCCGGUCGGUCAAUUCGACCUUCUUCCAACCACAUACCUACCAGCUGGUCCCAAUGCCUUCCCUGCGUACUGUGGUGGUGGCCUCCGUCCUGGCCUGCGCUGCGGCCGGCCAGUAUUUCUCUCCCCAGCCUGAAGGUGUCACCGUCAUCGAUUCAAAGCAGUAUGAAGGUGCCAAGAUCUCCUACAAAAAUCCUGGAAUCUGUGAAACCACGCCGGGGGUCAAGUCGUUCUCUGGCUAUGUCCACCUUCCCCCGGGUACCCUCAAUGACCUUGGGGUGGACCAGCAAUACCCCAUAAAUACCUACUUCUGGUUCUUUGAGUCUCGAAACAACCCCGCCAACGCUCCACUGUCGAUCUGGAUGAACGGCGGCCCCGGUGGAUCGUCUAUUAUCGGUCUUCUUCAGGAAAAUGGCCCGUGUGUCGUCAACAAGGACUCGAAUUCGACGGAGAUCAACCCAUGGUCGUGGAACAACUAUGCCAACAUGCUGUACAUUGACCAGCCGAUCCAUACGGGAUUCAGCUAUGAUGUGGCUAUGAAUGGAACCUUCAAUGCGCUUACGGGUGAGUGGGAUGUUUCUGGGUUGCAGGAUGGAGUCCCCGAGCAAAACAACACCUUCUACGUGGGUACAUUCCCUAGCAUGAACAACCAGACCACCAUCAAUGGAACCGCCAACGCCGCCCGUGCCCUGUGGGUGUUCGCUCAGACAUGGUUCUCGGACUUCCCCGAGUACCAGCCCCAUGAUGACCGCGUCAGCAUCUGGACGGAGUCCUACGGAGGCCGCUAUGGUCCGGCUUUUGCAGCGUUCUUCCAAGACCAGAACCAGAAGAUUGCCAACGGCACUUUGUCGGGUCAUCCCAUCCACCUCGAUACCCUCGGCAUCAUCAACGGCUGCGUCGACUUGCUGGUGCAAGCGCCGAGCUUCCCCACAAUCGCCUACAACAACACCUACGGCAUCGAAGCCCUCAACCGCACCAUCUACGACGCCGCCAUGCACGCCUGGAGCAAGCCGGACGGCUGCAAAGACCAGAUCAUCCGGUGCCGCGCGGUGGCCGCCGCAGGCGAUCCAAAUAUGCACGGCAACAAUCAGACAGUCAACCAGGUCUGCCGGGACGCAGACGCGUACUGCAUCGACGAAGUUAAGGGCCCCUUCAAGAAGUACUCGGACCGGGGUUACUACGAUUUCGCGCAUUCCGCACAGGACCCAUUCCCCGAGCCCUAUUUCAUCGGAUAUCUCAACCAGCACUGGGUGCAGGCCGCGCUGGGCGUCCCCGUCAACUACACCCGCUCCGCCGAGAGUGUCUGGGAGGCGUUCCGGUCGACGGGCGACUACGCGCGGUCAGACCGCCGCCGCACCCUGAUCGAGGACCUUGGUGACGUGCUCGACUCCGGCGUCAAGGUGGCCCUCGUCUACGGCGACCGGGACUUCGCCUGCCCGUGGACCGGGGGCGAGGAGGUCAGCACGCGGGUGGACUUCGUCGGUGCGGAUAGCUUCCGCGCCGCGGGCUAUGCUGAGCUGAAGACCAACGCGUCGUACGUCGGCGGCUUAGUCCGCCAGGCUGGGAACUUCUCCUUCACCCGUGUCUACCAGGCGGGCCAUGAGGUGCCUGCCUACCAGCCGCAGACAGCGUAUGAGAUCUUCAACCGCGCCCUGUUUGAUCGGGACCUCGCCACGGGUAGGGUAUCCACUGUGGUGAACCCGGGGUACCAGAGCCAGGGACCCGAGUCGACGUGGGGCAUUAAGAAUGCGGUGCCUGAGGUCCCAGAGCCGGUAUGUUAUGUACUUGCUUUGCAGGAGACUUGCACCGAGGAGCAGAUUGAGAGCGUGGUCGAUGGGUCGGCGGUGAUCAAGGACUACCUUGUGGUUGGGAGGAAGUGAUUCGGAUGAUGUGACGUACGCUGUUGGACUUGAGGUGCAUUGUUGGUCAGAUUGUAGGUAUUUCUUGUCGAGUAUAAAAUCAAUCAAUGUAGGACGUGCAGUGCG